AUGGCAGACGGGAUUCAUUCUACAGGCCGUGGAGGCGCUGGCAACAUCGGUCGUGAUGACACGAUGUGA